CCUUGCGCUCACGGCCGCGAAGACUUCCGGAGCGGGGUGACGUCCCGAGAGGCCUUUCCUACGCACCACGCGGCGGGGUCUGUAGGGUCGAGGGCGGUGCGUGGUGACCUUUGCCCGGCGGAGGCACCGGGUGGAGAAGGAGCUAAGAAAGGAGCAGGACCGGCGGGAGGUGCUUAACUGCGAGGGAUCUCGGCCACACUGCUGCCAUCAAGCCAGAUGCCUUCUUGCACUUCACCAGACCAGGGAGAGGACCUGGAGGCCUGUGUUCUAAGAUUUUCUGACCUGGAUUUAAAAGAUACAAGUCUUAGUAGGCCCAACAGCAGUCUCAAAGCAGAGUUAGAUGGCAGUACCAAGAAGAAAUACUCAUUUGCAAAGAAAAAGGCUUUUGCCCUUUUUGUCAAAACCAAAGAAGUUCCAACACGUCCUUUAGGAGAUAAAGAAAAACGGUGGCAAUGCUGUCAGCACCUGUUCACAGACCGGAGCAGCAUCCAUAGACACGUGGCAACACAACAUGCUGAUGAAAUGUACCAGCAGACUGCGUCUGUUUUAAAGCAGCUGGCUGUGACCCUGAGCACGUCAAAGAGCCCUACGGCUGCUGACCAACAAAACCGCGUGGAAGGACACCUUCCUCACAGCCAUGAUGUGUCUGCUUGGCUCCCUGAUACAAGCUGCAUCAGUGCUAAUGAGCUGAUAAGUGGCCAGGGCAGUGAUGAAGGGGAGGUGCUUCUCUAUUACUGCUACUGUGACCUGGAGGAUCCGCACUGGGUGUGUGCCUGGCAGACAGCUCUGUGUCAGCAGCUGCACCUCACGGGCAAGGUUCGAAUCGCUAAAGAGGGGAUCAAUGGGACAGUUGGUGGAAGCAAAUUGGCCACGAGACUCUAUGUGGAAGUCAUGCUUUCUUGUCCAUUAUUUAAGGACUAUCUGUGUGAGGAUGAUUUUAAGACCAGCAAAGGAGGAGCUUGCUGUUUCCCAGAACUGCGUGUUGGUGUGUUUGAAGAGAUUGUGCCCAUGGGGAUCAGCCCAGAUAAGACCUCCUACAAGAAGCCUGGAAUCCAUUUAUCUCCAAGUGAAUUUCAUAAAGAAGUAGAAAAGUUUUUAUCUCAGGCCAAUCAGGAACAAAGUGAUACUAUUCUACUAGAUUGCAGAAACUUCUAUGAAAGCAAAAUAGGACGGUUCCAGGGCUGCCUAGCCCCAGACAUCAGGAAAUUCAGCUAUUUCCCUGACUAUGUCGACAAAAAUCUGGAUGUUUUCAGAGAGAAGAAGGUGCUGAUGUACUGCACUGGGGGCAUCCGUUGUGAGCGGGGUUCAGCCUACCUCAAAGCCAAGGGAGUGUGUAAAGAAGUGUUCCAGCUCAAGGGUGGCAUCCACAAGUAUCUGGAAGAGUUUCCUGAUGGUUUUUACAAAGGGAAGUUGUUUGUUUUUGAUGACCGUUACGCCCUGUGCUACAACAGUGACGUGGUGUCAGAAUGUUCAUACUGUGGAGCCCCCUGGGACCAAUAUAAACUCUGCUCCACUACACAGUGUCGCCAGCUCGUGUUGACCUGCCCUGCCUGUCAAGGACGAGGAUUCACAGCCUGUUGUGUCACGUGUCAAGACAAAGGGGGCAGGCAGGCCCCAGGCUCCACCCAGCACAGCUUUAAGGAGGAAUGCGAGUGCACAGCCCGGCGGCCGCGCAUACCGAGGGAACGCAUGGCAGGCGUGCCUCCCUGUGGGCCAUGCUCAUAGCCGUGGCCCCUGGGCGUUUUCCCAAGCCUUCACAACAGCUCACCACGUAUAGCAGAACGUCAGGCUACAGAAGCAGACAAGUUGGCAAGUUCGCUCCUGGCCAGUGCCACCGUGGCAUACUGGUUGCCAUAUUGGCCACCUAUACUUCUCAGGGUAGAGAGAGGGACUGAAGGGCUGACUGCCUGCUUACCCGAAACACUGUGACUCCUACUAUGCCAGAGCACAGAACAAGGUGAGCUGCUGGAUCCCCAAGCUGCUGCUAGUGCAGGCCCGAGCCUGGUGACCAUGUCCUGCCCCGUCUCUGCCAUGCAGGAGGGCUGGGUCAGUCACUGGCCUUGUCAACAAACCUGUCCAUCCUGGUGGCAAAAAUGGGAAAGCUGUGGCCCCAGGAGUGACUCCUAAACCAGGCCUGUUGGUUCACCUGCCAUCAACACUCCCGCCUCACCUGUCUCUUCUGACAGAGGAUUUGCAAGCUGGCAUUUGGCCCAUCUCCUACUUUUGUAAAUAAAGUUGGUUGGAAUAGU